AGCAUCGCAUUUGACCAUUACACCACUCGGUGACCUGUGUUGGUUGCUAUACCAUGCCACUUAACUUGUUUAUCAACCCUUGUCCUGGUGCGACCGGGAUGGAACAUAUCAACCUACCCAGAAGUGAAUCACCUCCUGUUGAUACCUACCUACCCAUGAUUUCAGCUUUUUUUGAUGAUUAGUCAUGCGUUGAUUGUUCCGGAACCUCCUCUAUGGAAGCUGGACAUGGUUUUCCUCUCUACCUUUUGCCGUACGUCACCAAAUCCCACCCAAAUUCAUUUCUGAGCCCAUUGCAACCUCGUACACUCUGUUCUGCACCCCGAACAUGUCGCAGUCACCCUCCAAGAACACCCCAUCUCCGCACGCACGAAUAUGUUACCUUGAAAGUGUACAUGACAGGUCACCGCCAGGCGUUGAAUGAGGCUAAGGUAUUGGAGGGAUUGGACUGUGUCAAGUCCAGCCAUCCAGGAGAAGUACUUGUGCGGAGAAUGCGUGAAGUCUUCGAAAUUCCCGGCGAACUCGGUCCUCACACGUGUCUGGUGCACAACCCACUGAGCAUCACCUUGGGUGAUAUUCGGAAUAUGGCUGGGGGCCAGCUUCCCGAAUCUCUCCUUAAACCAAUGGUCUACGGACUGUUGCUGGCCUUGGAUUUUCUCCAUUCCGAGGCGGACUUGGUUCACACUGAUAUCCAAGAAGGAAACAUCAUGCUCUCAAUUACGGAUACCUCGAUUUUGGACGAAAUUGUGGACGAAGAACAGAGACAUCCCGGCCCCCGAAAGAUUGAUGGCAAUCGAGUGAUAUACACAUCCAUGGAAAUGGAAAUGCCCGACGAUCCUGGCGAACCGAUUCUUUGCGAUUUCGGCGACGCCAGGAUUGGGAAGGGUCCCUUUCAAGGCGAGGUCAUGCCAGAUCUUUACCGCGCGCCAGAGAUCGUCCUCGGCAUCUCAUGGGAUGCAAUGAUUGAUAUCUGGAACCUUGGGCUUCUGGUCUGGGAUUUAUUCGAGGGCAAGCAUCUAUUCAACGAACGGCUGCCGAGUCGACCAGAAUCCAGGGCCGCCCACCUCGCAAAGAUGGUCUCUCUUCUCGGGCCUCCGCCAGCGGAUUUGCUCGCCAGAGGUUCAAUUUCCGACAAGUUCUUUGAUCAGGACGGAAAUUUGAAGGGAGAACAAAAGUUCAACACCACGCUGGAAGAUGAGGAGAUUGUCUUGGAAGGAACCGGGAAGAUAGCAUUCCUCACAUUCAUCAGGAACAUGCUGAGAUGGCGGCCUGAAGACAGAUAUACUGCCAAGGAACUGAUGAAAGACCCCUGGCUCCAGGAUCAGUAAUUAGCCCAUGCCUUGGGCCUUGGAAUAAUUACUGCCUCGUCUCCUUUUACCCCCCGCUUUCAACCAUGUACAGUGUCUGAGGAUUUGUAACAGUUAUUCAAACACUAGCUUUAACAUUACAGCUCCGCCGCGAUCAUCUUCAACUCCGCAACCAUGUCAGGAAAAGCCUCGACCACGGGCCUCUCCCGCCACGACCCAGUGAGACACCCGAUAACCACACUGCGGAACCGGUCCCCAGCA